AUGUCCGAAGAACAUGACGUAAAGUGUGUUACAAGUGAAAUAACCAAUGAAAGUGAGACUGAUUUAUGUACUGUAGUGCCAGAAAAUGAACCAUGUGCCAAUAGCGUAGGUGCCAUAGAUUGUCAGAAUGACAUUGGUGCCAAAAAAGGAACUUUAUCCUGGACUGAGGAGGGAUCUCAAUUCCGCGUAUCGUGGAACUUGCUGGAAGGAACUGCUACUGAUAAGGACUAUGUUGCUCUUUGUCUCAAAGGUAAGUUUUAG